UAAAUUAUGAAUAUACGGUAUACCUGUAUUUAUUUGAUAAGAAUUAUUAAAAAAUUAUUUUUAAAUCCCAACAAAUUGGGCAGGGCAUCACCCUCUUAGAUUCUGCAACUUCUUUCAACUGAACAAAACCAAACCAAAAAAACUUUAGGGUUUUCCAGAAACGUUAAAAUCAUGUCUAAUUCUCUCUCAGUGAAACCUAAUCUUGUUCUUUCUCCAUUUCCAUACCGGACCGCAACUCAAAACCCUCUUUUUAAUCGAACUUACUUUGCCCACAAACCAUUCCUUCGUGGUUCGCUUUCUAUUACCAAAGUGGGGUUCAAACCCGACCCGCAAAGUGUGGAGGGUGUAAUCAAGGAGCUGUUUGGACAAGCUGAGAACUUUCUCUUUACCAUAGCUGAUGCUGCCGUGUCUUCCUCUGACACAGUAACUACAACGAAACAGAACUCUGAUUGGCUUUCUGGUAUUACUAAUGUAAUGGAAACUGUUUUGAAGGUUUUAAAAGAUGGACUGUCUACUUUACAUGUGCCUUAUUCAUAUGGUUUUGCUAUUAUCCUUCUCACUGUUAUUGUUAAGGCUGCUACUUUUCCUUUAACUAAAAAACAGGUUGAGUCUGCCAUGGCUAUGCGAUCUUUAACACCACAAAUAAAGGCCAUUCAGCAGAGAUAUGCUGGUGAUCAGGAGAGAAUUCAACUUGAAACUGCCCGAUUAUAUAAAUUAGCUGGCAUAAACCCUCUGGCAGGAUGCUUGCCUACACUUGCCACAAUACCAGUAUGGAUUGGCCUAUAUAGAGCUCUUUCAAAUGUAGCAGAUGAAGGACUCCUCACGGAAGGUUUCUUUUGGAUACCCUCUUUGGCUGGUCCUACCACAAUUGCGGCACGACAAAGUGGAAGUGGCAUUUCUUGGCUUUUCCCUUUUCAAGAUGGUCAUCCACCCCUUGGAUGGCAUGAUACCUUGGCGUAUCUUGUCUUGCCUUUUUUAUUGGUUGUUUCACAGUUUAUGUCAGUCAAGAUCAUGCAGGCCUCACAGAAUAAUGAUCCAAAUGUGAAGACUUCUCAAGCACUGACAAACUUCCUCCCAUUCAUGAUUGGCUAUUUUUCUCUGUCAGUUCCUUCUGGUCUAAGUCUUUAUUGGUUUACAAAUAAUAUAUUAAGUACAGUCCAGCAAGUAUGGCUUCAGAAGUUUGGGGGUGCAAAAAAUCCAAUCAAAAUAUUCAGUGAUUCAAUCAAGGAAGAAGAACUUGAGAUUCCGAAAUCUGUCUCAAGAUUAAAUACCACCAAGGAGGAGGUCAAACAAAGAGAAAAGUUGACAGUGGAGGGACUACGUCCUGGUGAAAGAUUUAAGCAAUUAAAGGAGCAAGAGGCUAGAAAAAGACGAGAAAGAGAAGAGAAGAGGAAAGCUGAAGAGGCGGCAGAUAAGGGAAAAAGGUUAACAAAUGAGGAACACAAAAAUGAAAAGAGUGGACUUGAGGAGGGAAGUGGAGGUGCUGCCAACUUAGUUAAUAAAAGAAAUGGAAGCCUGCAGUCUGUAAAUGGUCAAGAUACCUCCAAUUUCAAACUUGUGAAUGGUGACCAGUCUAGUCAAGAGUUGAGACAAGAUGAGAAUACAAUCUCUGUAUUCAGGACAGAGGACAGUGUGGUUUCUUCCAAGACUGAGGUUGAUGGGAGGGAUGAACAGUAAUCAUAUGAAAACCUAGGAAGGAAGCUGUUGAAGUAUGCAAAAGUUCAGUGACAAAAGAUAACAAGCGUUCUGAAGAAGACAUGGACCAAGCCUGGAGGGGAGUAAGGGACCCAAGACAAUCAUUGAUACGACAUAAUAAUAUUUCAGGUUACCCCAAAGUACAAUUCUAGUUGUUUGCAUGUUAGGUGGGAUAUGGGAAAGCAAGUGACGUUAUUUAUUUCCAAUAUUUCCACAUUGGAUUUGUGACAUCUCUCCAAACCAUGCAGAUGACUUGCGGCAUCAAUAGGGUUUUGGAAGUCGCAUGUACGUUAAGCAAGGAGUUGAGAUGUAAGAAUAGUUUUAAUUAAUGACCUUUUGUUAUUCUAUGUAUAAGCUGAAAAAUCGAAUGCAUUAUCUUUCUCUCUUUUCUUUUUCUGUAUGGUACCCAUUCUGGAUAGAGCAUAAAGAAUAAUAAGGAAUAAAAGGUUCAACAGAUGCCAUGGGUUACCUUAUUCCUCA